AUGAAUACAACUGGAGGAAUUUCUUCUAAGAUUUUAAUGAAGACGUCUACUUUGUUAAUAGUACAAUUUCAGGUCUGUAAAAGUUUUGGGAGACCCUUGCAGCCUUUAAGCUUCCUCCUCCCGUACUGUAUAGAGGAAAAUUGGGGUAGUUGAAAAGCACGGUGUAGGUCCUCCAAAGAAAAAGUCAAACAUCAGCUUGACCCUAGGCUUUGGAAAUCAACUGAAGACAGGAAGGAAGCAUAUUAAUCCCUCUCCUCCCCUCCCCUUUCCCGGGGUGAGAAUCGGCUCCUCCUCCCAGGCUGGCGACCCUGAUGCAAAAUACAAACAACGGCCUGUUUUCCCCACCCAGCGCUACUCUCCCAGAGGAGGAAAGGCGGAGGGCGCAGCCCCGGGGCUAAGUCAAGCCAGCCUGUCACUCCAGCUUGAACGUCCCAACUGGAAGCUCAGAUCCUGGGAUCCUCAAUCCUGCGGAUAAACAUCCUCUCUGCUGAGUUUGUACUCGGUACCGGGACUCCUAACCUGACACCCCGAGCCCAGUAACCCCCUCAGCCCCGGGGCAUUGCACAGGUGGUGCAAACGCCCCCACUCUCUGGCGCCCCCUGCCGGGGAGAGGAAAAGCAGCGGCCACGGAGGAACCCGACCGCCGGGCGGGAAGAGCUCUGGCGCGGGGAAGAAGCCGGGAGCUUCCCUGAUGGUGCAGCCACCUCCUGCGAGCCGGGGAGGAGCGGUCAGGGGGCAGCUGGCCCGGAGCCUGGGUCCGCUGCUGCUGCUCCUGGCGCUGGGACACACGUGGACCUACCGAGAAAACACCGAGGACAGCGACAGAGAAAUCUGCUCAGAAAACAAAAUUUCUACAACCAAAUACCCGUGUCUGAAGUCUUCGGGAGAACUCACGACGUGCUUCAGGAAAAAGUGCUGCAAAGGGUAUAAGUUUGUUCUUGGACAGUGUAUCCCAGAAGAUUACGAUGUUUGUGCCCAGGCUCCCUGUGAACAGCAGUGUACAGACAACUUCGGCCGAGUGCUGUGCACCUGUUAUCCGGGGUACCGAUACGACCGUGAGAGACACCGAAAGCGGGAGAAGCCCUACUGCCUGGACAUCGACGAGUGUGCCACCAGCAACAAGACGCUGUGCGAGCACAUCUGUGUCAACACCGUGGGCAGCUACCGCUGCGAGUGCCGGGAGGGCUACAUCCGCGAGGACGACGGGAGGACCUGCACCAGGGGGGACAAGUACCCCAACGACACUGGGCACGAGAAGUCUGAGAAUGCGGUGAAAGCUGAGACUUGCUGUGCCUCCUGCAAGGAGUUCCACCAGAUGAAGCAGACGGUGCUGCAGCUGAAGCAAAAGAUUGCACUGCUCCCAAACAGUGCCGCUGAGCUGGGCAAGUAUAUCACUGGUGACAAGGUGCUGGCCUCCAACGCCUACCUUCCAGGACCUCCUGGCCUGCCUGGGGGCCAGGGCCCUCCUGGUUCACCAGGACCAAAGGGGAGCCCAGGCUUUCCUGGUGUGCCAGGCCCUCCUGGGCAGCCCGGCCCACGGGGCUCAAUGGGACCUAUGGGACCGUCUCCUGAUUUGUCCCACAUUAAGCAAGGCCGGAGGGGUCCUGUGGGUCCUCCAGGUGCACCAGGAAGAGACGGCUCUAAGGGGGAGAGAGGAGCACCUGGGCCCAGGGGAUCUCCAGGACCCCCAGGGUCUUUUGACUUCCUGCUGCUUAUGUUGGCUGACAUCCGCAAUGACAUCACUGAGCUGCAGGAAAAGGUGUUCGGGCACCGGACUCACUCUUCAGCAGAGGAGUUCCCUUUACCUCAGGAAUUUUCCAGCUACCCAGAGAGCAUGGACUUUGGCUCUGGAGAUGACUAUCCAAAGAGAACUGAUGAGGCAGGAGACCUGGACGCCCCCAGAGACUUUCAUCCAUAGCACAUCCCACAUCAUCGCCCCGACGGAAGACAGCAAUGAAGAAAAAAACCACUGGAGAUCUUGGGAGGGUAUUAUCAACUUCUUUACUCUUGUGCUGCCUUUUCUCUACUCUUCCAAACACUAUUGUCAGAGUGCCCCACUGGAGCUGCUAGAGACAGGAGGGAAGAAGUGAUGGAUUUACAUGCUAUUCAAUCAGAGUCAACAUGGUGGUCUACAUUGGUACUUUUCUUUGAAAUUUCAGGAACAUUUGGGUUUCCAAGUUAACUACUUUCCUAGCUGGGAAAAGCACCCUAAAAUUGGGCAGAAUAGUAAAAGGGGAAAAUGGCAGGGUGAGCUUUAAGAGAAUGUGAGACUACUUUAAAAAAAAAAAAUUGUGUUCAAAAUACAUUAGACCAUUCUUCCUCUAGUAUCAAAAUUAGGACUCUUCAUUCAAAAGCGGUGGGGAGGACAGUCAUGUAGAUUUACCUUAGUGGAUAUUUCUUUUUCCUCAUCUUUCUAAUAGAUUUUAUUCUAUCCUGUUAUCCAACUUCAUUUCCCAAAUUUGAUUAUAGAAAGAGAUUAAGGAGUGGAGAUUAGAGAAGAUAGAGAAGAAUUACUCAUAGAUUGCCACAUUUUAAAAUUUAAAUAUGAAUAAGCACAUGCCAUGCUCAUCUAUAAAUAUCCUACCAGCAGAAAGUUAUUUAACCAUAGGAAUAAAUCCUCUUUUCCAAAAACAGAAUGAAAUGCCCUGAUUCACAAUGGAACAGUGAGCUCCUGGAUCGCUAGAACAUUUUAAGCUCUUUGUCAAAAGAGUGAUCCAGCUCCAUAAACCACAGCUUAUUUAUGAAAUGAGGUGACCAGAUACCCUCAGGUGCCAUCAGAUUGUGAUCCAGGCUGAAUCAAUGUACAAUGGGGCUCAAGGCUGGAAGGUCAUCACUGGGGUAGGUUGUUGGCAAAGGGACAGGGACCCCACUGAAGCUAAUGCAGAAGGUAGAUGGACUUUUCUUGGGCUUUCUCUGGUGGCAGGAGGCCCUGCUCCAUCCUGACAGCACAGGGGCCUUUCGGUGUCAGUGGGCAGCUUACAGGUUUCCGGAGAUGGGCUCUCUCGUGGGACACACGGAAUGGCUCCUUAGCUACCUAUUCAGGAGAACUUUGCCCUUCUAUGGAGCUUCACAUGAUCAGACUGGCAAGUUUGUCCACAUCGGCCUCUCCCACUUGCUGUCCUAAGUGUCCCCUUGCAUUUGCUUCUGAGCAGUUUGUAUUGAGCUUUUGUCCCUCUCGUAGCCUACGACUUUUACCUCUGUGGUCGGGACAUCUUGUUGGGAGAAAGUCAAAGUCCCCGGCUGCUCGUGGCUUGUGCCGUUUUUCAGUCAUCUUCCUGGAGAAUGGCAGGAAGGGGCUCUGCCUGCAGAUCUCAGGUAGCGCCAGUCUUCCUUCCCUCCUCGCCACCGUGUUAGGAAUUAGGAUCACCACAAGUGGCUGACUCUUUUCAAACGCUCGGUUCCACUGUUUGCCAAAUCCUGUGACUGUCCACUAGCAUUUUAAAGGUGAAGGCAAAUGCAUGAAGAUGAUACCGCCGUUUACCAGUGACGAGUUCUGCUCCUUCUAAUGUUGAAGAUUGAACGCUAGAGAAGCACACCAAGGCAAGCAUAUUAAGCAGGUUUUAUUUAAAGGUAAUAAUACAGUCUUCU